CCCCCCUGCAACAAUGCGACCACGAACGAGUCAUUGCGUUGCCUUCACCUCCGCCAACAUGCAGCAUCUCACCUUGGUGGCCGUCCUCCUGGCAUCCUCCUGGAGCCUCUGCACUGGUGCUGCUGACUGGUGUUAUCAGUCCCAGUUCACCUGUGCGCAAGAAUGCAAUGGGCCAGACAAGUGGAACCACGCAAACAGUGCCUGCGCUGGAAAAUCCCAAUCCCCCAUCAACGUCGUCACCAGAAAGACCCUGAAAGAUGAACGUCUGACUCCGUUUGAGUUCACAAACUACCAGCAGAUCUUUCGAGGCACCAUCAAGAAUAAUGGCCACUCGGUUCAAGUUGCAGUUCCUCACCUCAGCACCAUUUCGGGAGGAGGACUGCCAAGCACCUACAAGGCCGUCCAGUUCCACCUGCAUUGGGGCAUCAAUGGCGGGCCUGGUUCUGAACAUACCAUUGACGGGGAGCAGUACCCCAUGGAGGUACCUUACCAAUCAUUUAAAAAAAAAAAAGGCUCUGUGCUGGCCAUUUGUGUCCACCUCUCUUCAUCAUCGUCUUUUUUUUUUGUGUCCAACAGUGCAAACCGAAAGUAUGAUUCCAUUGUCAGUGCUCUGCGAGCCAUCAAAAACACAAACGCCAAUACCUCCCUGCCUCCUACCUCCUUGGCGCAGCUGAUUCCACCUGAGCACAACCUGACCUCGUUUUACCGCUAUCGGGGUUCACUGACCACACCGGGCUGCAUCGAGGCUGUGGUUUGGACCUUGUUCGAGAACCCCAUCCCACUGAGCUUUGAUCAGCUGCGGGCUUUUUCGGAGCUCAAGUUCCGCGACGGGAAACCAAUGGUGGGAACCUUCAGGCCAGUGCAGCCCCUGAAUGGCCGCCAGGUGUAUCGAUCUGGAGGUGCGGUGCUCUUGGUCAGCUCCAACCUCCUCAUGGCUGCCCUGGCUACGGCCUUGGGACUGUCCCGGCUCUAUUAAGAGCAAGGCGCCUCUGCUGCACUGCGACACUCAUGAACAUUAAACAUGAUUCUUAGUUUUGCGACACCAUCACCGCAUGGUCUCCAAAAUGGUUACACACGUCGUAGUGCAUGCAUGACUCACCUAGGGGCCCCCACGCCCUUAUGACACAGAUGAUAAAGGUGUUAAGAGGACACCUUGGAGGUGUAUAAGGGUCGAUAUGCUAGCAUGCAUGCAGAGUGAAUCACGAGGUCAUACAUCCGCCUUACGAAUGUGCCAUGGAGUACUCAGUGGCCAGUGCAGUCAGACCCCUGCCCUGAUAUUUCACAGCAUCAUCAAAACGACUCACACAAACACAUCCUCAUGCACUUUGGUUUGGCCACCUUGAACAAUGUCAAGCCUAUUUAGUCUCUGCUCAUAUCAGUGUGAGUGGCUCCGAUCUUGUGAACGGGGCACGUGAUGCCUCGUUCUCUCUCAAUGGCACAUGAGAACUGAACAGCGCUAUUAAUAGCACAAGUGAGUCAGAAAAACAAGCUCAGUGUCCGAGCCAGCGGUCAAAUAAGUCAGUAUGUUGCCGUCUUUCUUUUUUUUUUUUUUUUAACCUCAUCUCAAAGUCCAGGCAGGUGGAGCGACAGGCUGGUGUUGACAAUCUUCACUUUUUUUUUGUGAUUCUGAGCCCAUGCUGGGGAUCACGUCCCACAAUCUGAGGCCUACUGUGACACCUUAAAUGUUAUGAUGGGAAGAUGGAGGGACUGUCGCACGAUGAGCAAGAGCGGGGAUAAAAGGGGCGACUCAUGGAAGCGGGCAGCAAAAUCAAAUUCAUUAUAUUCCUGCAUCGCCCACAGCCGAAAGUUCCGCGGGUCAGCACAUCUUCAUGAUUGCCGUUUGAGGAUGCACAAUCUAAAUUCAGACGCACACUCCUCAAGCGUCCUUCCUCUCAUUUCGCACUGCUACUGGGUCUGCUGCAUUGAGUGCUACUGACUGUGAAUUACACCCUACGGACUCCUCUCUGAUCAUCCUGCGGGGCCGCUUAUGCGUUCUGAUGGGAGAUGGGUGCCAUCUGCCAGCCACAUUUGUUGUGAUGACCAAGGAAGCUGUAUAUUUUUUUUUCCAUAGUUUCGUGAUGCAUUAACUUAUAUUUCUAAGCCGUUCUAAUGCACAUGAUUCACAUGUAUUUUAUGCACUGAAUGUGUCUAUUGAUAUGAAAUGCAUUUUGGUAUUAUUUAUGUAUUGCAAACAGUCAUAUAUAUCGGGUUGUAUGCGUUUGAGGAUGUGAACUUGUGAAACAUGUCAUAGGUGAUCUAAAGAAUGUGUUAAUGUUCAACAAUAAAUAUAUGCCUUUUUAAUGAACA